UCGAGGAUGGCCUUGGACGCUGCGACGCUGGCGACGGCCAGUUGGUUCGUCGAGGACGCCUUCAGUGGCGUCGCGCGGCCGCAUCCAGUCCAAGGCGCCGUUGCGCGCCGCCUGUACACGCUCUACGCCGAGCUGCACUACGUCCGAGGCCUCGCGCUGCUCCUCCUUGUCAGCAUCUCGUUUGUUGAAGUGCCGGCGUGGUGCGGCGCCUCGUGCGGCGACCCGGACGACGACGCGACGCCAGUGACCUUUGGCCUCCCAAUGCUACCUCGCACCCAAAGCGUUUUGCUCGAAGCGGCGUGCCUCCUACUGCUGCUCGCCAACUCGAUGCUGCGGUACCUGUACCUGCGCGAGAGCUUCUUCGCCGGCCGCCGCGACAGCGUGGCAGUGCUGCUCUUGCUGCUUGUGGCUGCACUCACUCUCGUGGCGAGCGAAACGUUGCCGAUGCUUCGGCCGCUCCAAGUCUAUCUGCGCGGCGCGAUCGCUGCGACCAAGAACCGCAGUCUGCGGCGCACGGCGCGCAAGAUCUACGCUGUUUUGAACGAGGUGCAGCACGCGCUGGUCCUCAUUUUCGUGUACGUGGCGUUUUGCAGCUGGGUCGCGACAGUGCUCUUUCACCAUACAACCGAAGGCACCCUGUACCUUGGCAACAUCUACGAAGCGAGCUGGAACCUCUUUGUCUUGCUCACAACCGCCAACUUUCCCGAUGUCUUCAUGCCCGCGUAUUCGACGCAGCGCAGCUCGGUCCUCUUCUUCGUCUUCUUUCUCUGCUUUGGACUCUUCUUCCUCCUCAACGUCGUCCUUGCGGUGACGUACACAGCGUUCACGCGACAGCUCGCAGCCUUCAAGAGAAAGCGCCGACGAGUCCAAGUAUCCAAGCUGCAGGUCGCGUUUCAACUGCUCUGCCAUGUCGACGGCCAGCGCGCGCCGACGAACUACUCGAGCACAGAGCUGUGGGCCCACCGGCACGACGACUGGACGCCGCCGAUCGGCGCGGCGAUUCCCAAAGCCACGUGCCUCCGCCUCUUCGAGACGCUCAACCAUUACAAGAACAUCCCGUACCUCAAACACGACAAGAUGAAGACCCUCUUUGCCACCCUCGAUAUCGCACAAGACGACCAGCUGAGCUGGCCCGAGUUUGCACGACUCUGCAGUGUCUUUCACACAGCACUGGCGACGCGCACGUUGCCCCCACCCGAACUACAACGCUACUGUCCGCGCCUCUACUACAGCGCGCCGUUCCAAAAGCUCGCGCGCUUGGUGUGCGAUGCGCGCUUGGACACGUUCGUCGACACGCUGCUCGUCAUCAACGCGGUCGUGAUCGUCCUCGAGUCGUUUCCCGUGCUGAACGGCGAUGCCACUGUGCCCAUCGAGACGGAAUUUUGCUUUUGGGAGCGCGUCGAAGGCGUCUUCUCACUCGUCUACGUCGUCGAAAUGAUCGUCAAGGUGCUCGUCUAUGGGCGCGCCACGUACUGGGCGUCCCUCAAGCACCGAUUCGACGCUAUCCUUACGAUUGCCAUGGCAACCGUCGACAUCUACGCGCUCUCGUCCGCUUAUGCAGCAUCCCGCGCCCUCGUCCAGAUCCUCUUGGUCGCGCGCUGCCUUCGUUUAUGCCGCCUCAUCCUCAACGUCCAGCGCUUUCGCGUGGUGUGCCUGACGUGGCUGCGUCUCCUGCCGUUGUGCAAGCACUUGAUGCUCUUCUUGGCUUCGGUCAUGUACUUGUUUGCGGCUUUUGGGAUGCACCUUUUUGGCGGGCGCAUCUCAGUCCAGGUCCUCGAAGCGCAGUGUCCGACAAGUCCGUUUACGACAAGCGGGUAUGGGGCCAACAACUUUAACGACAUGGCAAGCGGCGUCGUGCUGUUGUUUGAGUUGCUUGUCGUCAACAACUGGUCGGCGCUCGCCGAUGGCUUUGUGUGCGUCACAUCACAGUACGCGCGCUGGUACUUUGUUGCCUACUACGUGGCGAGCGUCAUGGUGCUCUUGAACCUCGUGGUUGCGACGACGCUGGAUGCAUUUGCGGGCGAGUACGACGCCGAGCACAAGGCCAACGCAUCGCCACCCGAGGCCAGCGGCGUGCAUGACUCUGUGUAGCAGCCUCAACAUCUCCCACGAGACACUCCAAGACUAAACACUUUAUACUAUACACUCGCCACGGGUGCCAACACCAGAGGUGGAGAUUCUCCAUGAAAUCGUCCGAGGGCGCAUGCAAAACGUAGGAGCUCCAAACACCAACCCCUAAAGGGCUAGGUGUUCGUUCGUGUAACCCCUUUCUUGUGCUGGAACUGACACCACGAUGCGGCGCGUCUCUUGUCUGGUGGGGGUCGCCUACCUGCUGCUCUCGAUGGCGUCUGGUACCUCUCCAUUCUCUUUCCAUACCUCCAGAACGACCUUUUUUGGGCUGGUUUUUCCCUCGCCGCCCAAACGUACCUCUUGGAGCUCUACCGUCGACAUCUCUGGACGACAGUGCGAGGCUCGAUCGACGUCUUGAACACGUCCAGCGCGUGCUUGCAGUCCUACACGCCGUUCCACGAGACUCGAGAUGCAGACGACGUACCCUCGGGCUCUUCUCUCGUUGCACCAAACCUCGGUCCGCGCUGGCAUUGCUGCGCUGCGCAACAUGCCUCUCUGGGCGGCAGUGGGAGCUCGCCCACACUCAGGCGCGCCAAGCGCGGUGCGCUAUAGCUGUCAUGCAGUCAAACGGGCGCUGUACCUGGAGGCGGCGCUUCGCAGCGUCGACUGGGCGCAGUUCACGUCGUCGACGAAUAGGGCUGACUGUGAGGGCGUCCGACAACAGGUUCGAGUCUUCCAGUACGCUUGCUAAUCGCCCUGCAACCAAGUGCCACCAACAACGCGCAUCAGCACAUGUGGCGUAGCAGGGUCGAUGCCCCAGUCGAGUCGCAGCCAUACCACGCUCAUCGUGCCAUCGACGGCGCAAGAGAUACGCUUUACGCUUGUCGGUUAAUGAGUAAACAUAGUGAACAGGUGUGGCAGUAGAUGCCUCA